AUUGUGGCCAGUGGGAGUAGAAAUUGUCCUGGUAUCAGUGGGGGUAAAGAGUGCCCUAUCGUUGGUAUAGUGCCCAAUGGUGCCUCAUCAUUGGUAUCAAUGGGAGGAAUAUGCCCCAUCAUUGGUGUCAGUGGGAGGAAUAGUGUCCCAUCAUCCAUGUCAGUGGGAGGAACAGUGCCCCAUCAUCCAUGUCAGUGGGAGGAAUAGUGUUCCAUCAUUGGUAUCAAUAGGAAGAAUAGUGCCUCAUUAUUAGUAUCAGUGGGAGGAAUAGUGCCUCAUGAUUGGUAUCAAUGGGAGGAAUAGUUCCCCAUCAUCCAUGUCAGUGGGAGGAAUAGUGCCCCAUCAUUGGUGUCAGUGGGAGGAAUAGUGUCCUAUCAUUGGUAUCAAUAGGAGGAAUAG